AUGUCACCUACUAGAACAGCAGAUCAUAUACAGGGCCAACUGUCGCCCAAAAGCCUUAUGUUAUACCAUGCGAUUCCAUCAUGGCAACAGGAUAAUGAAUUCCUACUCUCUGGAUAUCGGCCAAUCUCCGGGUCUUUAUACGUAUCACUACGCAGCAUUCUGUAUAUGGAUAACGAGACUGUGAACAUCGUUUCACAUAUGUCUGGUUGUAUCGCAUUCACCACAAUCCCAUUCUUUCUUCAUCAUAUGCAUCAUCCUACGAUAUCGCACUACUGCUUCGGAGUGGCCUUUUGUUUCGCCCUGGUGAUCCAGCCCGGCCCCGUCACACUGUCCAAUCACAGUCGCAGCUGGGCCCAGUCCUGCAAUCGCCUCGAUUAUUUAGGCAUCGUGGUCCUCGUCUGGAGUGCUAAUGCACCCAUGGUUCUUUCGGACUGUCCGGCAUCCCGGACCUGCAGAGAUUCUACAGCUCGAUUGUAUGCUAUUCUUAUCAGCAGUUCUGUGGUGUUCAUCUUUGGCCAUAACUUUGGCUUUUCUGCCUUUAGAAAGUGGCGUGUACUUGUCUACAGCAUAUCCGGCUUGGGUUCACUCGCAUCACUGUUACAUAGCCUUCAAAUCAAAGGCUGGGCCGUUCUGGUAAACCACCUGUCCCUUGGGUGGUUGGCUUGUACGAUGUCACUUAAUCUCAUCGCCGCAGCUGUCUAUGCCUCAAGGAUCCCCGAGAGAUGGUUUCCAUAUAGGUUCGACCUUGUUGGAGCUAGUCAUCAGAUUUUCCAUCUCUUAGUUUUGAUAGCCACGUUCACACACCUAGCAGGCCUUCUUGCAACUUCUCAAUAUGCCUCCAGGUGAUCGCCUCAUGGCCUAGCACAACAUCGCGGCUUUCUCAAAUGCUAUACCUACCCGGUCGACACUGCAGUAGUGGGGCAUAUAGACCCCAGGCAGUUGACUCAAGUAUGGGGUGUAAUAAGACAGGACGUGUAGGUAUCUAGGUGAGGAGGUUUUAGGGAUCUCUUAUAACAUUCUCAAGAAGAUAUAAGAAAGAACGGGUACGCAAAUGUAAGACUUUAAUGAGGUCGAAAAUCAAAUUGAAUCAAAGAGUG